AUUAAGUAGCAAAAAGCUAAAAAGAGGCAAAUAAAGCAAGAACACUUUAGUAUAGAGGUAGGGGUAUUGAGAGCAGCAGAUGAUGGCGUAAUCAAUAGCAGAAUUUACAUCUUUUUUAUCACACGCAACCUCUUACCUUUCUGUCCUCAAUUCUACAUUUUCUUAUCUUUCUCUCUCUUUCUUUCACCUGCUGCACAUCUCUCCCUUCCCUCCCCUUCCAUCCCCCACUUCCCCAAAACCGCGUUCUUUGUCUCUCUUUUAUAUUUCUACUUAUUUCCUGUAUGUAUUUCUUUCUCACUUUCUUUCUUUCAUUAGUUUUCUCCCCUUAUAUUCAUUGCUUUUUGUUUACCUAUAAAGUUCUUGACUUUACCUUAAUUUUUCAUGAAUUGGGUGUUAAUUUUGUGCUUUUAUUACCUAAUUUUUGGUGGGUUUUUCUUGUUCCUUCCGUUCUUAAACUGGGUUUUUCCUGAAUUUUGACAAGUAUUCUCUGCGCGUGUCCCUUUCCUUCUCCAAUUUUAAACCCAUAACAAUUUCCAUUUCAGAAACCCUAAACCUAAUUAUUUAAAAAAAAACUCAAAAAGAAAUCCUAUAUUUGAACUUUUCCUUAUAAACCCACUUACCAAGAUCUAGCAUUAUUCAAGAUGGAAGUGAAAUUAUGGAAUGAUAAGCGUGAAAGAGAAAUGUAUGAGAAUUUUGCUGAACUAUUUGCCAUUAUUAAGGCUACUGAGAAGCUAGAAAAAGCUUACAUUAGGGAUAUUAUUUCUCCUUCAGAAUAUGAAAAUGAAUGCCUCAAAUUGAUUACCCAUUUCAAAACCCUUUCUUCUUCAUUGAAAGAUACUGUCCCCAGCAUUGAGAGAUUUGUUGAUACCUAUAAAAUGGACUGCCCUGCUGCUUUGAAUAGGCUAGUCACAUCUGGGGUACCUGCUACUGUUGAGCAUAGGGCAGCAGCUGCUGCUUCCUCCACCACUUCGGCCGCUAUUGUAGCUGAAUGUGUUCAAAACUUCAUCACGGCUAUGGACUCGUUGAAAUUGAACAUGGUGGCUGUUGAUCAAGUGUACCCUUUGUUGUCGGACCUCUCGUCAUCGCUGAAUAAGCUUAGUUUAUUGCCACCUGAUUUCGAGGGGAAGACGAAAAUGAAAGAGUGGCUCGGUCGGUUGUCUAAGAUGGGAGCUUCUGAUGAAUUGACUGAGCAGCAAGCAAGGCAACUUCACUUUGAUCUUGAGUCAUCAUACAACUCUUUCAUGGCUGCUUUGCCUAAUGCUGGUACUUGAUUCAUUUGGGUGAGCUUGUAAAUAAUCAUAUACUAUAUACUAUUUUGUGCUCUUUUUGUUCUUUGUAUGUAGUAGUUUAUGUAUGCAUUGGCUGGUUUUUGAUGGAUCGUGAAGAAUCGAAUUGUUUCCUUACGAUCUAUGAUGGAUUUUACGCCGGUGGUCGCUGUGGAAGUAGGAGAAUAUUUUGUACCUGUGAACUGACUUCAUAUGUUAAAUACAAUCUGUUCGUUAUCAUUA